CUCGCCGGUGUACGUUUCUGACAUUGAGACCGGGACGUCAGUGUGCCGAAGAGAGUUUGCUAGUGAGCAAGUGUCUUCUAGUCUCCGGUUCGGCGUGCUCCACCAUACCCCCGGUCUCCUAACAAUGGCCAGCUCGAUGCGGGCCCGCGUAUCUUGUUUGCUGGAUGCAGUGAUCGCUCACUCUCCCAAGAGUAAUAGCUUAUGUAAAGGCACCUGUUCAACGGGAACAGGUAUCUUGAACGGGGGAAUCCGUCAUCGAGCCGUAUCUCAUGUGGCAUCACGACAAAGCCCAGUUUCUGCGAAUACCCACAAUUCUCUUAAGAAAAUGUGUGGACCUGUGUAUCAGCAGUGCUCACACCUCACCACAGGCAGGCCUGAUCUUGCUCUAAUGCAUAAAACAGGUACUGUAGAAGGUAUUCAAGUACAAACACCAUCAGAUUCUGCAGGAUUGGAUCUUGAAGAAAUGUUUUCUGAUAUAAAAAGGGAAUUAAAAUCGCAGUAUGAUUUAGAUGAGAUAUCCAAGUACUAUUUUGAUGGUCAAGGCAAAGCAGUAAGACCUCUUAUAACAGUACUUAUGUCUCGUGCCAUAAAUUAUCAUCUUCAUGGCGAAGCAAGGUUAUAUGAAUCUCAGCUGCAGAUUGCCAAAAUUACUGAAAUGAUACACACAGCAUCUUUAGUUCAUGAUGAUGUUAUAGAUGAUGCAGAUACUCGACGAGGAAAGCCAUCUGUGAAUUCCCUGUAUGGCCAGAGAAAGGCAGUGAUGGCUGGUGAUUAUAUUUUAUCAGUGGCUUCAGCAAUGCUGGCAAGAGUUCGAAAUGAAGAAGUUAUUGUUAUACUUUCAAAGGUUCUUGCAGAUUUAGUACAAGGAGAAUUUAUGCAGCUUGGUUCAAAAGAGAAUGAAAAUGAGAGGUUUGCACAUUAUUUGAAAAAGUCAUUCAAGAAAACAGCAUCAUUGUUUGCGUAUAGCUGUAAAUCGGUGGCAGUUUUAUCUGGAGCAGAUGAAAAAUUGCAGGAGAUAGCUUUCCAGUAUGGGCGUAAUGUUGGUAUAACUUUACAGCUUGUUGAUGACUUAUUAGAUUUUGUUUCAUCGGCUAGUGUCUUGGGUAAACCGGCUGCUGCAGAUUUGAAGCAUGGAAUUUCUACGGCACCUGUUCUCUUUGCUUGUGAAAAGUUUCCAGAGUUGAAUCCCAUGAUAAUGAGAAGAUUCCAAGAGCCAGGGGAUGUAGAGAGAGCACUUGAGUUUGUUCACAAGAGUGAUGGUCUGGAGCAGACUCAUUUUCUAGCUCGUCAGCAUUGCCAGGAAUGUGUUAGGAUCAUAAAAUCUCUAACUCCAUCAGUUGAACAGAAAGCUCUAAUAAGUAUAACAGACAAAGUUCUUAACCGUGUAAAAUAGCACAGAAUAUACACAAUGCAUGCUGCAAAUUGUAAUUACCUUGAAAUGGAGCAGCUUAUGGACUCAGGAUUAUCAACAUCCCAGAUAUGUUCUGGUGUACAUUGGUGCUUCGAGAUUGUUGUAGUUUAUUAGAAUUUUUGAGAGAUGUUUAGCUAAGUUACAUCAGAUGUAUUUAUAUGAAAGGCGUAAAAUAUUUUACUUAAAUCUUAAGGUGGCAGUAUAUCCUUGCUGCCACCAGUUAUCAUGACCAAGGUGUAAUUAUUUUGUAUGUGGUCACUAAAAUGUUUAAAUUACAACAUCCCCCGUCUUCAAUGAGGCAUUUAGGGUGAUAUGCAUUGCUCUUUAUAUUAAUUUUUAAUCCCAGCUACAGUCACCAUCAUGAAUAUGGUUAAGAGAAGCACAACAUUUAUCACAAAAAAUUAUUGUAGAAUACUUUUUAAAAGAGCUUUAUAGUUUGAGGUUACAAUUUUAUUUAUUCAUAAGUAUUAAUUAUGUAUAACCAAACCAAAUGCCAAUUUUACCAUGCAUUCAAUUGGAGAUUUGUUUAGUUAUAACACAUUUUUUAUAUGCUGUAGCAACAAAGUCCAGUGACAGUUUUAUUUGGCCCAAUUGAAAUUUUAUUUCUUGAUAGUUAGUGAAAGGCCUAAUGUUAUAUUCGCAUUGCUGCUAGACUUUUAAAAGAUAAUGAACAUGAGUUUCAAAAUCCCACAAGGCAUAUUUAUUGCUUUAAUGGAUUGAAAUAGUACUUUAAACAGUUUUAUAGAGGUUCCAAAAUGAUUUGCAGGUAUGUUUUGAGAAACAGACAAAAGGAAUUGUGCUUGUGAUACGCAGUUUUGUGAUAGACAUUUGUUUUAAUGAAAUUAUAAAAUUUUUUGCUCAUAGGUUGUAUUCUAAUUCAUUUCAUUUUGGGUACAUGUGUACUAUCCUGACUCAAACCUGUGCUAGUAGAACCAAUGCAAAUGGAGCAUUAAAAGCUUGCCAAGUUCUGAACCACUGAAAUGCAAUACUGUUGAAAUUCAGUACAGCUACAUGAAAAUGACUGGCUUACAGACAUACAGUGAAAUGUAAAGCAAAAGAACAGGUACUGUAGACCAACUUCAAGUCCUUUUUUAUUGAGGUUAUAGAUAAUUACAUAUUUAAUUACUGCUUAGGACAUUGGUCAGUCUUGUGAAAGUUAAGAAUGUUAAAACUGGUGGUUAAACUGCAUAUUUUAUAGGUAUAACUGCUUAGGAUAACCAAAAAACACUGGACAAUAUCCAAGUUCCCCAAUUUCAAUAUCCAUGCACUGGGAUUUAAACCUAGGGCCAUCGAUAUUUUAAUUAAUUUAUUUAUUUAGUAUAAUAUUGCUAAGAAACUAACAUGUAAUCCAUUUCUUUUUAAAAAGUCAGUGGUCCAAGAUAAGUUCAAAUUUGAGAUGUGUCAGACUUCUGUUUUUAAAGGCAGGAUCUGAUUCCUUUUACGCACUCAAUUUGGAGGCAAUUAAAUUUUAUUGCAGCUGGACAUAAGAAUUGGUUAAGGACUUCUUUAUUUUCAGAACACUGAACCUGCUAUAACAAAUAUAUUAGAAAUAAGUUUUAUUUUUAAUAAAUACUGAUCUUGUAAAUGGCUAUGGAUGGAUUUUGAUACUUUUAUUGUUUUCUCAAUUUCUGAUCUUAUGUUGUGUUGUGUAAAUUUGAUCCAUAUGUUAACACUUAUUGUGAAUUUUCUUUUUAAAUUUGGCAUUUGGGUAUUAUUACAUAUAGAUAUACACAGUACAGUAUUCUGAAAUAACGAUGCUCUAUGUAUAUACAGAAUAUUUUUUCAGAUGUUUAAUAUUUUUAAUUAUUGUUGUAUGUAUAUCAUAAAUAAUACUUAGUUUCUGUAGUACGAAAAUCAUGAUGGAAAUAAGUGUGAUACAGUAUGGGAUGAAAUUAUACCUUUCAGUAUAUUUUUGAGGCAUGGUCGCAAUUACAGUACACUCCCUAUAUGUCAAGAGAUACCAUGGAAACCUGUAAUGAGUUAAAAUGGGGUUUGUUUCAUGAUAUUAGCACGAAUACUUUAUUAAUUCCAACUAGCACGAAUACUUUAUUAAUUCCAACUACAGUUUUAUUUUUAUAAUUUCUCAGCAUAAACCUUUAACUGCCUUGUUACCCCUCCAAAGAAAGAAAGAGGUAUUUUUUCGGGUCCUGUGAAGACUUGUGAUUAUGAUUAAAUAAGAAAAUGUGUAUAAACUUGUUUUAGGACAUGAAUGUUUGAAGGGUACCCAUUGAUUCAUACUGGGAUAUGAUUCAAAUAGAAUUUAUAAUGUAACAUUAUGCUGUUUAGAUACUGUAAAUAAAUUUUAUAAAUUUUGUGAAUACAGAUUCCUCCUGUGAUAUUUUAAGUGGCCUUUAAUGGUUAUUUUUCUUUGAUUUUAGAGUAAUCAGGAGGGACCAUGAGUUUCAACUCGUUGCAAAAUAAAAUGUUCAGAAUUGUUAGUUUUCAA